CAAUGUCCGUUUUCGUAGGUGACGCCGUAAUCGUUGAAAAUGAGACCGAGACAGCGUCCGUCGGCUGGUGGAAAAGAAAGAAGAACUGAAAUCAUUAAAGAAAGUCUCCGAUUUGAAUGCUGAUCAAGAACACAUGGAGAAUUUGGCGCUACAAAAAUGUAACGAAGCCAAUGCGAAAUUGCAGCUCGACAUUAUUGAUUUCAACACAGUUGGUUUUGAGGCAGUGUUUUACGUCGCCGAGUCACUAGUGGAAGUGUGCAGUGUUUUUGGCCCGCUAAGCGAAGAGUUGGCUAAAAAGAAAAAGUAUGCAAAAUUGUGCACAGCAGUUGGUGGGAUUUUAAAUGGAUUCGCCCCGUCUGACUUUCAACUAGCAGCCAUCCAAGCUUUAAAAAUAGACACAGAAGAAGAGAUGGCGACAGUGGUCAAACUCAUUUACGUAAAGGCUAUUGCUGAUCCCAUUUCCUCGCCUAUAUAUGCUAAAAUGUGUCUAGCUUUGUCAACCAAAGAAGUUCCAUCUGCCUCCGAUCCAGCGGUAAUUACAAACUUCCGCAAGGUACUCUUGUUGGAAUGCCAGAAAAGGUUUGAAGAGGAUUACUUCAGCCGGCAGGAUACAAAGGAUGAAAAAGAAGAAAUCGAAAGCGCCGAAAAAGAAACAGAAAAGAAAGACUUUGAAAUUGGAUUUAAAAAAGAUCCAUUGAAUCGAAGGAGGUCUCUAGGGAACAUCAGGUUUAUCGGUCAACUAAUAAAAUUACGCAUUCUUUCGGAGAAAAUUUUGCAUCAGUGUAUUCUUCGGCUGCUGAGUCAACGGGAUGAUGAAGAUUAUCUCGAGGCUCUGUGUGUACUAUUGAUUACGACUGGUAAAAAUAUGGAAUCUGCAAAAACCCCACAAAUGUCUGUUACGGAGACAAAUCGUGAAAUUAUGAAUUCGUACUUCACUACUCUGGAGGCCAUCGUGAAAAAUCAAACAGUUUCGGAGCGUAUCCUUUCCAUGAUCCAAGAAGUAAUUGAUCUACGCAAAUGCGGUUGGUCUAUCACAGCAGCUCAUCGAGUUUAAUCAUCACUGAAGGUUUUAGCCUGUCUAUCGUCCUGAUCGUCCACUUUUGGCCAUGGAAAAGCACAAGCCAAUCUAAUUAGUCUCAGGGUAGCAUUUCAUUUGAUUUCUGAAUUGUUAACCGCAUUGUUGCCGCUUACCUAACUGUCAUCAAUAGUUACCUGCAUCGAGAAUGUAUCGCCUAGUUGCAGCAG